AUGUCGAGCCAGCAGCAGCAGCCGGAACAUUCGAGAGAACAGGAGGAUGAGUGGGAGAGGGAGGCAGUCCUCGAUCCGCUCUGGGAGAAACAGCAGAAGAAGACGUUCACAGCAUGGUGCAACUCCCACCUUCGCAAAGCGAAGACCUCCAUCGAGAACAUCGAGGAAGACUUCAAGGACGGAUUGAAGUUGAUGCUGCUGCUGGAAGUCAUUUCGGGUGAACAACUCGGCAAGCCGGAUAAGGGAAAGAUGCGCUUCCACAAAAUCGCCAACGUGAACAAGGCCCUGCAUUUCAUCAUGAGCAAGGGAGUGAAGCUGGUCUCCAUCGGCGCAGAAGAAAUUGUGGAUGGGAAUUUGAAGAUGACUCUUGGAAUGAUAUGGACGAUCAUUUUACGAUUUGCAAUUCAGGACAUUUCAGUUGAAGAGAUGACCGCCAAGGAAGGCCUGCUUCUCUGGUGCAAACGCAAGACGAGUCCUUACAAGAAUGUCAACGUGCAGAACUUUCACAUGAGUUUCAAAGACGGACUGGCCUUCUGCGCUCUCAUUCACCGUCACAGACCUGACCUCAUUGAUUACAACAAGCUGUCCAAGGACAACCCACUGGCCAACCUAAACCUGGCUUUUGAUGUCGCUGAAAAACAUUUGGAUAUUCCAAGAAUGUUGGAUGCCGAGGGUUUACCAGACGAAAGGUCAGUGAUGGCCUACGUCUCCUCCUACUACCACGCCUUCUCGGGGGCCCAGCAGGCUGAAACGGCUGCAAACAGGAUCAUGAAAGUGUUGAAAGCAAAUCGCGACAACGAGAAUCUCAUGGAAGAAUAUGAACGAUUGGCCAGUGAUCUGUUGAAGUGGAUCAAAGCCACAAAACCCUGGUUGGAAGACAGAACCCCCUCAAAGUCCAUCUCAGCUGCUCGAGAAAACGUCGAAAGAUUUCGAGAUUACAGAGCCGAUAAGAAGCCUGAGAAAUUAAAAGAAAAGGCAAAAUUGGAGACAAGUUUCAGCAGCCUGCAGACGAGGUUGAGACUGAGCAACCGACCUCCAUACCUUCCUUCCGAGGGAAAACUUAUUGGAGACAUAAAUACUGCAUGGACCGGACUCGAAAAUGCUGAGAAGGGAUAUGAAGAAUGGUUGCUACAGGAAUUGCAAAGGUUGGAAAAAUUGGAUUACCUGGCAAAGAAGUUUCGACACAAAUGUGAACUGCACGAUGCCUGGUCGGCAGGGAAGAUGGACCAGCUGCAACCUGAAAACCUCUUCCAGUACAGACUCGAUGAGAUCAAGGCCAAACAGAAACGGCAUGAAGCGCUGGAGAACGAUUUGAUGGCUCACGAGGAGAGGAUGAAAGAAAUUAAUGACAUCGCAACAGAACUUGCCAUCUUGGGGUACCACGACAUGGCAUCCAUCAACUCCCGACAUCAGCAGGUCCAAUGUGAGUGGAAUCAACUACAAAAUCAAGCUAAAACAAAGAAAACGUCACUUCAAGAAGUUGAAACUGAAUUGGAGAGGAUUGAUCAACUUUAUUUGGAUUUUGCUAAAAAAUCAAGUAUUUUUGGAAACUGGUUGGCGUCGACGAGUGAUGACCUCCAGGAUUUGUUCCAAGUUCAUUCCGUCAAUGAAAUCCAAUUGCUGAUUGAAGCCCACGAGAGCUUCAAGAAAUCUCUGCCAGAUGCUGACCAGGAAUGCCAGAACAUCGUCUCUACUGAGAAGCAGAUCAAAAAUCUGUGCGAGAAGCAUGCUGUUGUCUUCUGUUCAAUCAAUCCAUACUCACCUGUCAAUGCUCAGAUUAUAACAGAAAGGUGGCGGGCUUUGAUGCAGUUGGUUCCAGAGCGAGACAGGAAACUGCAGGAGGAACUGACCAGGCAGAUGCACAAUGAGGACUUGAGAAAAAAAUUUGCUGCUAAGGCCAACGUUGUAGGACAGUGGAUUGAUCAGCAUUACGACUACAUUGGCAAUGUUGUCGGUUCCAAAGGAACGUUAGAAGAUCAUCUUGCCAAGCUGAAAAGUCUGGACAAAGAAGUGAUUGAUUACACGAAGAACAUAACUGAACUGCAAUUGUACAGCAAAUCUUUACAAGAAGCUCUUAUAUUUGACAAUUCCUAUUCAUCGUACACUAUGGAGACAUUGAACGUUAAGUGGGAACAACUGCAGACGUCACUUUCGUGGAACAUCAACGAACUUGAAAAUCAGAUUCUAACGAGAGACUCAAAAGGCAUCAGUUCCCAGCAGUUGGAAGAGUACAGAAAAUCAUUCCAACAUUUCGACAAGAGUAAGAACAGAAAGCUGGAUGCCAACGAGUUUAGAGCCUGUCUCAUUUCUAUCGGCUACAAAUUGCUGGACAACAAACAGGGUGAUACAGAGUUCCAGAAGAUAAUGUCCGAAGUGGAUCCCAACAGAUUGGGCUACGUUACGUUCGAUGCAUUCCUUGAUUUCAUGUCCAAGGAAUCGCUCGAUGUCGAAACUUCCGAGCAACUCAUUCAGUCCUUUAAAAUACUCGCCAACGACAAGCCAUACCUGACCGAAGAGACGUUGCGUCACGAGCUCAUUCCCGAAUAUGCAGAUUACUGCAUAGCCAGAAUGUCGAGAUACACUGGAAAGGAUGCGCCAGCCAACGCACUCGACUACACAACAUUUGCCAAUCUGAUGUACGGAGAAUCAGACUUGUAGUUUGGCACAUCCCGUUCAUUUGAAGAAAAUUUGUUUCAACUUUCUGUUUAGUGUCCAAUUAUUAUAACAUAAAUUUGUUAAAGCUUGUAAUGAUAAAUAUUUUUAUAUCGUUAGUGACGCUACUUUUAGUGUUGUCUUACGUACAUGAAUCUCACUGCGUUGAACUUUUGCAGUUUUUAAUUAAACAAAAGUGUCGAGAAAUAAUUUUUGGUUUGUUGAUUUUAUUGAGAACAUUAAAAUACAUUAUUAAGAAAGAGAAUAAAUUUACAUUUUCUUCUCGUUUUAUCACAAAAACAUUUGCGAAUUCAAUUCUAUGAUAUUAUAAUUAACGUACAAAAGUGGUUUAAAUGGCUGUUUGAUGACGAGUUUAUUAACAUUAAAACGUU